AUGAACAAUGCAAUCAUUCCGUUCCUGGUCACGAUGAUGCUCGUGACCGGGGUUUGCAAUACCAUUCUUAAUAAGUUCCAGGAUAUGCAAUGUGUGCUGAACUGUGACUCCCCUGAUCCUAAAGCCCGCCGGACAUUUGAGCAGCCAGUUAUUCAGACUGUGCAGAUGUUCAUUGGAGAAAUGGGCUGCUGGCUCGUCAUUGGCGCAUCGAUUAUCUUCAAACGCUACAUCUCCCCGCGUCUGUCCCGAAAUGCUUCCCCCCUUUUUGCCGGUGGUUAUAACCCGGUUCAUGCGGACGAUAGAGAUUACGACGAUGAGGAUCACCCCGUCGAUGGACCGGGCGCCUCGAACAGCCCUUACAAACCUGGCUCCGACGACGAUAGGAUACCGCUCCAGGGCACAAAGAUCUUCCUGCUUGCAGCACCGUCGUGCUGUGAUAUUGCCGGUACAACUCUCAUGAACGUUGGUUUGCUUUUUGUCGCUGCCAGCAUCUACCAAAUGACACGCGGAGCUUUAGUGCUCUUUGUUGGGCUGUUUAGCGUUCUUUUCCUCCACCGGAAAUUAUUUUUCUACCAAUGGCUUGCACUCUUCGUGGUUGUUCUUGGCGUUGCGCUGGUCGGUCUUUCAGGUGCACUCUUCGGUGAUGCCCAGGAGGACGACACCGUCCGAAAGAAUGCCAUGGAGGUUGCCUCGCAUGCCAUGCUGCAUGUUAGGACUGUUGCAGGAACUCCGGAGGCUGCCAAGGCUGUUAUUGGUGUUCUUCUCAUUGCGGCAGCUCAGAUCUUCACCGCUUCGCAGUUUGUGCUCGAGGAGUGGAUUCUGGAGAAUUAUGAAAUGGAUCCACUCCAGGUCGUUGGCUGGGAAGGUGUUUUUGGCUUCUCCGUUACAGUUGUCAUUUCGAUCAUCAUGUAUCUGGCCGUUGGACGAACAGAUGCGGGUCGCUACGGAUACUUUGAUGUCAAAGAAGGAUGGCACCAAGUAUUCAGCAACAAAUAUGUUGCACUUUCUAGUGUGCUGAUUAUGAUCAGCAUUGGUGGUUUCAACUUCUUCGGCCUUUCUGUCACCCGCACCGUGUCCGCUACAUCUCGCAGUACAAUUGAUACUUGUCGCACUCUCUUUAUCUGGCUGGUCUCUUUGGGCCUCGGAUGGGAAUCAUUCAAGUGGCUUCAGGUUGCUGGCUUUGCCUUACUCGUCUACGGAACUUUCUUGUUCAACGACAUUGUCCGCCCCCCACUCAAGGCAUGCCUUCCCCGCACCAGGAGAGAGCAGGAAGUCCUGCUUCCCGAGGAGCCAAUUGAGCAUAUUUGA